GCGAAUGUGGUGAAGGUGUGAAAAGUUGGCGGAGUUGUUCCAAUCCAUCCUCCUCCUCCUCCCCCUCAAGACGUCAUGUCAUGUCAUUCAUUCCCUUGUGGUUUUUUUCGGCGAUCAACCACAACCAACGCCAGCAUUCUUCAAAUAUUUAUUUAUACUCUUUUUUAAAUAUUUACUCCGUAGUUACUGCUAUUAAUAUAAACAUCUGCUCCACGCCCACCACCGUCUGUCUCUCAACGCUCUAACAGCUACCUUUCACCUUUCUCGCAAUCCCUCCCUCUUAAAUAGCUCGACGGGAGAGGGCCUGCUCCCUUUAAUAAGGGCCACCGCCGCUACAUCAUGGCGGCCACCAUCCGGGCGGAGAAAAAACCCGCCGUCGACUCGUCGACAACCAAUCCGCGCGGCAUCCCCGUCGCACCAUUCGUCGAUAAUGUUGCAGACUAUGUCUCUUCGCGCGCAGAUGUCGAGCCCACGCUACGCUCGUUCCAGGAGAUGAUAUCCAAAUACCAGUUCAUGGAGCUGAAUACGCAACGGCGCGGUCAGGGCCUGAGGGAUAAGAUUCCUGAUAUCAAGAAGACGCUGGAGACGGUGACGCUCCUACGGGAUAGGAGGAAGGCCGGCGCCGACACCCCUCUCGAAACCACCUUCGAACUCAACGACACCCUCUACUCCCGCGCCACAAUCCAACCAAAGGACACAGACGAGGUCUUCCUCUGGCUCGGCGCAAACGUCAUGCUCGCCUACCCCAUCGACGAAGCCGCGGAGCUCCUGACGGAAAAGCUCCGCGCCGCAGAGGCCAGUCUCGCCAACUGCGAGGAGGAUUUGGAGUUUUUAAGGGAACAGAUUACGACUCUCGAAGUCGCCACGGCUAGAGUUUACAAUUGGGACGUGGUUCAGAAACGGAAGGAGAAGGAUGGGAAGGGUGAUGAUGGUGAAGGGAAGACGGGGCCGGGCGGUUAAAAGAGAAGAAGGGAAAAAAGUAUUAAGAGGAUAAAACUCGGGAACUAAUUCAUUUUUUUUUUUCCCUCCUAUAUUUUUGCCUUUGGUAUUUUCAGGUGAAAAGCUACUUACGGUGAUACUCCAUGGCAAGUAAGGGGGAAGCAGGGGAGUGAAGGUGAGAUUUGGAUACGUAAACGGUACCUAUGUUUACUCCCUAUUUCUUUUAACUCCGCCCGUUCCUGAGCAGAGUACGUCUGUAGAGAUGAAUAACCUGAAGGAAUAUGUAGUUGUGGCAUAAGCAUUAUAAGGAGACGAGACAUAGUAUGAGAACAGAGUAGAGUAAUGUAUAUAAUUAACUGGUUCAGGUAGUGUGGGCCUUAUAUAAGAAAACGAAUAGUAAUAAAAGGAGCCCACAUACGCCACUCCCUAUCCAUCUCUAUAUUCAUUCAUCCCUCCUCAAAAAGGAUCAAGGGGGAAAGAAAACAAGAAGGCAACCCUAAUAAUAAAAAAAUCGUUUCGCAUUUCGUUAUGCCCAAAACAAACAAAAC